ACAAAAAGGAGAGAGCUCUUUUAUUUCAGAGUACCCAUGAACAUCCCUUUCAGCAACAUAGGCAGAGAUUAAGAAACAGUCAUUUAUCCAGAACUUAAACUGUUUUUCAAUCACAAUGGAUAGAGAAAAGAAAAUACGGCUCAAGAGAGAACUUGGAUAUUUCUGGUGCACAAAUUUUUUAAUAAUUAAUAUAAUUGGUGCAGGGAUUUUUGUUUCUCCCAAAGGGGUGCUUAAGUACUCUUCCAUGAAUGUGGGGAUCUCUCUUUGUGUCUGGGCUGCCUGUGCCCUGUUGUCCAUGACCUCCACUCUUUGCACUGCAGAGAUAGGUAUAACCUUCCCAUACAGUGGGACUCACUACUAUUUUAUCAAGAGAUGCUUUGGCCCCUCACUUGCAUUCUUAAGACUUUGGACCUCCUUGUUUCUGGGCCCAGGGCUAGUUGCUACCCAAGCUCUGCUGCUGGCAGAGUAUGGCAUUGACCCCUUUUACUCCAGCUGCUCUGCCCCAAAUCUGCCAAAGAAAUGCCUGGCCUUGGCUGUGCUCUGGAUCGUAGGGAUUCUGAAUUGCAGAGGUGUAAAAGAGUUGAGUUGGCUUCAGACCAUGAGCACUGUGCUCAAAAUAUCAAUACUCAGCAUCAUUUCCUUAAGUGGAGUGGUCAUGCUGGUGAGAGGGAAGAAGAAGAAUGUAGAGAGACUUCAACAUGCUUUUGAUGGUGAGCUUCCAGAUGUCUCUCAGAUCACUGAAGCCAUCUUCCAAGGAUAUUUUGCAUUUUCAGGUGGAGGAUGCUUUACAUGCAUAGCAGGAGAGCUGAAGAAACCCAGUAGGACAAUUCCUAAAUGCAUAUUUACUGCAAUCCCGCUGGUCACUGUGGUGUAUUUACUUGCCAACAUUUCCUACCUGACGGUCCUGACACCCAGGGAAAUUCUUUCUUCAGAUGCUGUGGCCAUUACAUGGACUGAUAGAAUUCUCCCUCACUUAACAUGGAUUGUUCCUUUUGCUAUUUCUGCCUCACUAUUUAGCAACCUUAUAAUUACUGUCCUUGAGUCAUCAAGAGUGACAUACCUUGCAGGCCAACAAGGCCAGCUGCCUUUGUUAUGUGGUACAUUAAAUGUUCACUCUUCUCCACUUAUACCUGUGCUACUAAACGUCAUUCUAGGAUCCCUUGCAAUUGUUGCAACAAGCCUAAUUGAACUAAUAAACUAUCUAUACUUUGUGGUUUCUAUCUGGACCUUGUUUUCGAUGGUAGGAAUUCUGAAACUGAGGUACCAGGAACCCAAUCUACAUAGACCUUAUAAGGUGUUUUUGCCAUUCACAUUCAUCACAAUUGCCCUCACUCUAUGCUUGGUUUUGAUACCACUGGUAAAGUCUCCAAAGAUGCAUUAUAUCUACGUGAUACUCUUCAUCCUCAGUGGCCUGCUCUUUUAUAUUCCUCUAGUACAUUUUAAAUUGAAGCUGGUUUGGUUUGAGAAGUUGACAUGCUAUCUACAAUUACUGCUUAAUAUUUGCAUCCCUGAUGAAUCUGAUGAACAGGUGCCUGAUGUAGAAACUUCAAAAAAAGACAUGGCUUUCUAGGUGUACACCAUAAGAUAAAAUGUUAAGGAUGAUAAUAUCAGGACUGAAAUAACACAUAUAAAAUUACCCAGGUUAGUUUCAGCUAUUAAUCACAAAGAAAUUGUUAUGUAUAAUUACAUAUCUGCUUUGUUUUGUGAAAAAAAAUUAAGUCUCAUUUUGUGUAGCAUGAUAUAUAGUCACUUACUUUCCAGUUAUACCAUUUUUUUUCUCUAGCUCAUCUAGUUUGUACAGAAUUUGUA